AUAGGUAAAUGGAAAGGUCAUGGCACGGCACCGCGCAGCUGCAAUGACUGCGUAACUCUUUUGCUCAGUCCACUGUAUCUGAUCUCACGACAAUAGACGACGUCUCUGAUAGAAAGCUUAGAAGAAUGAAGUUUAGCACACCUUUACCUCAACCACUACCGAAGGAAUGUGCGAAAGCAGCAAAAAUAUUUGGUUCUUUUGUUGAUAGCAGAAACAAUGGUCUUGAUGGCGUAAUCCCUCGUAACGUGUUGGAGAAUGCCAAGGGAUUUGCCGUAUUCACAAUAUUCAAGGCUGGGUUUGUAUUCUCUGCCAGAGCUGGGUCUGGCAUAGUCAUAGCAAAGCUGAGUGAUGGAACGUGGUCGGCGCCAAGUGCUAUAGGUACAGCUGGACUUGGUGUGGGUGGUCAAGCUGGGGCUGAAAUGACCGAUUUUCUGAUCGUCUUAAACUCGCAAUCCGCUGUCGCAUCAUUCAUGUCCUCUGGUUCACUUACCCUAGGAGGAAACAUGAGUAUCGCGAUCGGCCCUCUUGGCCGGAACGGUGAGGCAUCUGGUUCAUUGAACACAAGCGGUAAAGUCGCAGCUAUGUAUAGUUACUCUAAGACAAGAGGAUUGUUCGGAGGCAUAUCCGUAGAAGGUUCCAUGAUCGUAGAGCGUCAAGAUGCAAAUGCAUUGGCAUAUAAGUCUGAUGUGACCGCAAAAAUGCUUCUCAGUGGUAUGGUAGACCCGCCAGACUGGGCUUCGGCUCUCAUCACAACUAUAUCGGCUUGUACUGGUAUGCCAGGAAAUCGCAAGUGGGUCGAUGAUAGGGCUGGUGAGCCUGCUAGAUACAGUUUUGGAGGAGUCGCAAGUCCUGGAGCUGAGAAAGGCGCUACAUUACUUACCAAAAAGAAGAAAGGCCCUGAUUUUCCUCCAACUUCUUGGGGUCAGCCGAAGAACUCUGGCUCGUUCUUUUCACCCGAGAAUACGGAGGACGCGUCAAAUACCUCUUGGGACGAUUUUGGUUCUUCUAACAGACAUUCUAUCAGCGAUUUCGAUUCACAUGUCCAGCCGAAGUAUGCCUCAGCGACGGACGCGUCUAACCGUCGGUAUUCAGGUUCACAUGGUACGACGGAGCGUUACGACCCGGCUUCUCCUUUCAACUCCUUGCCACCCUUCCGUCUCGCUCACUCGUACCUCUCGGACAAGACCAUUGCUCAUUCUAAAUCAGCGAGCACGUCUGCGGCAUACCCAUCGUCUCCUGGUCAAUCUCGCGGAGCAUAUACCAAUCCGUUCUCUUCUUCUCCUCCAGUUACCGAAGAUACCGAAUAUGAUAAUCGCAGGCGAAGUACUAGUCAAGCAACGCCUUUUAUUAAACCUAAACCUGAGCUGGCAGUACCCCUUUCGCCACAGGAAGGUGUAGGCCGUGCCAUUGCCCUAUAUAAUUUUAAGGCUGUUGAGGCCGGUGAUCUUUCUUUCUCGAAAGGGGAUGUGAUUAUUAUUACCCGCAAGUCAGAGAAGACAGACGACUGGUGGAAAGGUAAAGUCAGUGGAAAAGAAGGGAUAUUCCCUGCAAACUUUGUUGAAGUGCUAUGAUCUAUUUACCGUACCUUUUUGUGUUCGACCUAUAGACUGGUCUCUGGAUUUUAUGUAGCUUUCUAGCAGUCAUUUGUGUCUCUGUCAACAAUCCUGUAUUGUAUUGGACUAUUUAAAGUUUUCUCGUUUUGCAGGGCUACGGCUUGCAAUGUUAUCUCUAACUCUCAGUCAGGGGUAAAUUAUGUAAUGGUGUUA